GCCGGUCGGUUAGGAUCGAUUAAAUGUUAGUUAUCGAUAACGCGUCCAAAAAUAUUGUUGUCAAUAAUGAACUGAACGGUGUGGUGUUUGUUUGUGCACGGCAGGUUGAUAAAUCCUCUUUAAUAUGCUUCAUUAAGGGCUGUGAAAAUGGCCGCCCUAACAGGUAAUCUAGCCAUGUUACCUCAUCACCAUAGUUUCAGUCAACGAAGUACGGAUGGGUCGGUUUCUAUGGACUCGUCUAGUGAGAAUUUUGACAGAGAUUCGCCAAACAUAGAUGACACCAGCUGUUGUAGCGAUGAAACAGUUCUUUCGGUCGGAAACGAGAACGAAAAUCAACCUCCACAAGAUGAGGCCAGUACUGAGACUACUCCGACGUUGUCGUUUAAAAAUAUCGAGAACCACUUGAACGCUCUUUCGCAAAUCACAAACAGCACCUUGAAUUUGGAAAAUCGCGUAUCUAGUCCCAAAGUGAACAGUAAUAGUAGACUGAGUCCCAGUAGUAGUUCGAAAUCGUUUGGUAUCGAGUCUCCUCCCCCGAUGGGAUUUUUGUUCAGGACUGUGGGUGAAAAUUCGAAUUUGUGUUCGCCGCGUUCUGUGAGUGAUCCUGAAUCGCCAGACAGUCCAAGACACCAUCACCACGAUCCCCUUUACUCGCCCCAUUACCACCCCCAGCGUCGCGAGUCGUCGAAAAAUCAUCCCGUUAACGAAGCGUCGGCGUCCACAAAUAAUGGCACACUUAAAUUUUCGAUCGACAACAUCCUCAAAGCAGACUUCGGUAGGAGCCGGAUAACGGACCCUAUAACCAUAAGGAAAACCAAACCACCUCCAAGAAAACAUUCUACAGAUUCCAGUAACAGCGGCGUCGACUUGGAAUUGGGGAGAAGUUUAGACGGAGUUAAAAAUGGCCCCGCUUCAGUUGGGCCCGUAGAUUUGAGUAAAGGGGAGGGGGUAUCUAGCGAUAAAAAGGCGUCUUCCGACGACCAAGGUGGUGCUGGAAAGCAGCCGAUGCUGUGGCCGGCCUGGGUUUACUGCACUAGAUAUUCAGAUCGACCGAGUUCAGGUCCAAGAACACGAAGAGUCAAAAAACCUGGCAGUACUAAACAAAGUGGGACAGUACCUGAAGAAAAACGACCAAGGACCGCGUUUUCGGGAGCCCAAUUAGCUCGUCUCAAACACGAGUUCGCUGAAAACCGAUACUUAACAGAACGACGUAGACAACAGUUGAGUGCUGAGUUGGGCUUAAAUGAGGCUCAGAUCAAAAUAUGGUUUCAAAAUAAACGGGCAAAAAUUAAAAAGGCGUCCGGUCAAAAAAAUCCAUUGGCGCUGCAACUCAUGGCGCAGGGUUUGUAUAACCAUUCCACUAUACCUUUGACUAAGGAGGAGGAGGAGCUGGAAAAGAUGCAAAGUCAAGGAAAAGUCUAAUCGAAUCGAUUUGCAAUUGCGAUUCGCAGAAAAAAGAUUGAUGUUCGCAAAAGCUUGUUUACACACUGUUGAAAAGAGCACAUUUCAAUAAUAAUUAUAUAUUUUUUACAGUAUCCUUAAAAUAUAAAACAGAAAAUCAAACUAAUACCAUAGAAAAUCUGAAUUUAUUGAUUUUGACUGAAUUUAAUAAAUUAAUUUCCUAAAUUAUUAAUUAAUUUAGAAGAUCCGGAAUUUGUCAUAAAUGUAACAAUACAUUUUUUUCUACAAUGUCAAUUUUGAAUUGUUGAGUUAAUUUUUUUUUAUAGUUACGAUGGCUGAUAUUUAUUUUUACUAUAAAAAUUGCAUUUUUUUGUUACUUACUAUUUAUGCUAUUUCCGGUGGUGACAAAAGUUUUGCAAAAACCCCGUGCCCAAUAAAUAAAUAACCUAAUUUGUGAACGCAACUUGGCAUGGGAAGAUCUGUAUACUCAACCCCCAUUGCCAUUAAGCUGGUUGUAAUGUCACAGAGUUUCUGAAAAGCCUAACUCUUGAGAGCUACGUUUAGAUACGUUUUUAGGAAACAUUGGUUAAUUAAUUGGAAACAGGUAAACAUAGGCUCUUCGUGGAAGUUUAAAGUGUCAUAAUUAUUUUGUUGUUCAAGCAACCUGUGGAUACAGUUGUUGGUUUAAUUUGCUCCAUUAAAAAUUAAUACUUUACUUACUACGCAAGGGGAAAUGGAGCAGCUAUUUUCGUUUCAUUAAAACGUAUCGACAUAUCGACUUAUUUUUUUCCUUUAUUAGUUUUAAAACAUCUUGGAAAACCGUAUGAUUAUGAUUUUCAGCUCAGUUUACAAAAGAAACAUUAGGAAAAUUGCAGCAGCAGUGUUUCGCAAUAAGGCUUAUCAAUUCUAAAUUCCACAUCGCAAAUUAGUAAAGUAAUAUGGAAAAAUUAUCCAUAAUUUGUCAAAAUGUAAAAAUUGAACAAAAAAUUAAAUAUUAUGGUACUUUAACUUUAUGCCAUAAUUUUAUGUUAUAUGGCAUAGUAUAUUAUUUUCGGAUCUCGAAUGCAAUUAAAAUAUGUAAAAAAGAGAAACCGUUUCAGAUUUUAUUGAAUGAUGCAUAUCUAAUGCACAUAUUAAAAUACGUAUAUCUUUGAAGUACUCAGCUACUAUUUUGAGAUACUUUAUAUAAUUAUAUUCCGGCUGUCAUUUCAUAGUAUUGGUUGACGAUCAAAAUUUUUUCGGUGGUUAUUUUGUUGUAAUGGCGCUUGUGAUAUUUGUCAGGCGAAUAGGUCUGCAUAGGUAAUUUUUUUUGUGUUUAAUGCGAUAUUUUCCAAACUGACUGAUGUUUGUCUGUUAGUAUCUAUGGAAUAAUUUCGAAUAAUUGCCAAUUACAUUUAUAUGCACCAUUUAGACUUUUAAUAGAUAAAAAAUAACGUUUUUGAAAAACAAAUUAAAAGGAAACAAUUUGUUUAAUAGUUAUUCGAUUAACGUGAACAUUACAUGGAUUUUCUGUAGCGUCCUCAGUUGAGGAUUAUUUGUAACUAUUGGACGGUUUGGUAGCUAGCUAUUAACUACUGCAAUAUCAAAAUUAUGCAUGAUGACCAGCAAUAAAAAAAUUUGUCUGAUUUUGUCUCAAAGUGAAAUGCCUCACUUUUUAAAUGUAACUCUAUUAUUCGUUGUUGUAAAAUAUAAUAAUAGUAUGUACAAAAUGUAUAAAAGAAUCGAAUUAUAAUAAUGUGUAGAUUAUUUAUUGUGUUAAAAUUAAUGAAUAUUUAAGUUCAAUAACCCCAGAAAAUGUAUAGACUGUAAAAUUGUUAGUUUAGAUUUGACGUGUAUAUAGAUUUUCAGCGAUAACUACUUAAAUUCCUCCUAUUUGUAGGUUUUGAAAUUGGAUUGAAAAAAAAAUAUGAAAAUAAUAUUGGCGAUAUUUAUUACAUAUUCUAAAUUGUACAUAAAAUGUUUUAGAAAUUUUUCACUUGGAUCAAAAGUGACAUGGCUUGAAGAAGGCACGGUAUUUAUUACAUCAAAGUUUCGUAAUUUAGUGAUUCUCAAAAAGAUAUAA